GCAGGUCUCUUUGGCACCGGCAUCCAGUCCUACUUCACUUUCCUUCGCUUCCUCCUGCUGCUCAACCUGCCGACCCUGCUGCUCACCGCCAGCUUCGUGCUGCUGCCCCUGGCCUGGCUCCACCCCCCGGGCCCGGGCCCGGCCCUGAACUUGACAGCUGGCCAGUGCCCGGACAGCCAGCAGCCCCAGAGUGGCAUUCCGAAGUUCCACAAUCAGCUUUGGAAUAUUUUAACUGGCAGGGCCUUCAACAACACCUAUCUCUUCUAUGGCGCCUACCGGGCGGGGCCUGAGAGCAGCUCUGGGUACAGCCUCCGCCUGGCCUACCUGCUCAGCCCCCUGGCCUGCCUGCUCCUGUGCUUCUGCAGGACUCUGCAUCGGAUGGUGAAGGGGCUGCCCCAGAGGCUGCUCCUGGGCCAGGACUACAAGGCGCCGCUGAGCGCCAAGCUCUUCUCCUCCUGGGACUUCUGCAUCCGGGUGCGAGAGGCUGCCAUCAUCAAGACGCACGAGAUCAGCAAUGAGCUCAAGGUGGAGUUGGAUGAAGACCACCGCUUCCUGCUGAGCCAGCAGCGGUCCCGCACGCAGAGGGCCUGCCAUCUGCUCUCCUACCUGCGGGUCAACGUCCUCAUCGGCCUCCUGGUGGCUGGGGCCAUCAGCGCCAUCUUCUACGCCACCAAGUACUCACAGGACCACAGGGAGGAGCCCCUGUUCGUGGUGCUCCAGUACCUGCCCUCCGGGGUCAUCGCCUUGGUCAACUUCCUGGGUUCCCAGCUGUUUGUGAUCCUGGUCCAGCUGGAGAACUAUGCUCCAAGCACCGAGGUCAACCUCACACUGUUCUGGUGCGUGGCGCUGAAGCUGGCCAGCCUGGGCAUGUUCUCCUUCUCCCUGGGCCAGACCGUGCUGUGUAUUGGCAGAAACAGGAGCAGCUGUGAGUCCUACGGCUACAACGCCUGUGACUACCAGUGCUGGGAAAACUCGGUGGGCGAGGAGCUGUAUAAGCUGAUUACCUUCAACUUCCUCCUCAUGGUGGCCUCCGCCUUCCUGGUCAGCCUGCCUCGGAGGCUGCUGGUAGAGAGGUUCUCAGGCCACUUCUGGACCUGGCUGGACCGGGAGGAGUUCCUGGUGCCCAAGAACGUGCUGGACAUCGUGGCUGGCCAGACAGUCACGUGGAUGGGCCUCUUCUACUGCCCCCUGCUGCCGCUCUUCAACAGCGUCUUCCUGUUCAUCACCUUCUACAUCAAGAAGUACACGCUCCUGAGGAACUCCAGGGCAUCCCCACGGCUCUUCCGCGCCUCCAGCUCCACCUUCUUCUUCCAGCUCAUGCUGCUUCUGGGCCUGCUUUUGGCCGCAGUGCCCCUGGUCUACGUGGUCAGCAGCACCCACUCUUCCUGGGACUGUGGCCUCUUCACCAACUACUCCGCCCCCUGGCAGGUGGUCCCAGAGCUGGUGGCCCUCCAGCUUCCGCUCCCCGCCCAGCAAGUCCUCCACUACCUCAGCUCCCACACCUUCGGCUUCCCCCUCCUCAUCCUGCUCAGCCUGGUCCUGACCGUGUGCAUAUCGCAGUCCCAGGCCAAUACCAGGGCCAUCCAUGGUCUCCGGAAGCAGCUGGUUUGGCAAGUCCGGGAGAAGUGGCACCUCGUGGAGGACCUGUCGCGGCUGCUGGACCCCGGGGCCUCCCCGGGGCCGGAGUCCCCUCCCUCUCGAGCUUCGCGUCCAGGGUCCUUGUGUCCCGGAUUCCCGUGCCCGGGCUCCCCGGGCCCCCGGAGCCCCGCACCCGGACCUUCCCGGUUCCGCUUCCCCACCGACCCCGGCUCCCCGGCGGGACCUGCGGCCUCCCCGCCCUCCCCCCCAGGCCCCUGGUGACCCGGGCGGCAGGAAGAGUGUGUGGGAAUCCCCACCUGUAUGUUUUUAGCCUUCAGAUGUUCUAUUUUUUUAAUUAAAGG